ACUUUAUGUGACGCUCGUGGCGCCUCGGGGUGCAGGCAGCUUUCAGCGCGCGGGAAAAAAGACGAUGAUUGAUGACCAGAUCGAUACACGUUCUUGUCGCUCCAUUUGAGAUCUGCUUGCCCUCCGGUAAUUUCCCGCAGCUUACUUUGAGUCAGUAAAUCAGGACGGCUGAGGACGAAGAGAGGAAGAGAGGGAGGGAGGGAGGGGGGGACCGUCUCAGGACCUCCCCUCCCUUCCGUCACCAUGACAACAGCCGUGGAUGGUGGUGCUGCUGGUGGCGGAGGGGGAGCUCUCAGACAGGUGUUGCUGGGGUUUGCGCAUCGGCCGUGAGAUCGUUUGGCAGGAUGGGAGCUGCGAGAACACCUACGCACCCCCAUCAUCAUAGUUUCCCAUGUACUCUGCACUCCUGCUCUCUCUAACACGGGAUUCAAUUAACGCCGUGAUCACUCUGAACGCCGCAAUGGUGCACCACUCGGGCUCAAUCCAGUCCUUCAAGCAGCAGAAAGGCAUGCACACCAGCAUCAGCGAGAUCCUGAAGGAGAAGAGCCUGAAGCCGUCUCGCCGCAGCCUGCCCUGCCUGGCCCAGAGCCAGACUCACCCCAUCAACCUCAACCACUUCCUGUCUGUGCCUCUGAGCCCAGAGCCCAAAGCAGAAGUCGAGGGUCUGAGUCAGAGCAUCAGCACCUCCUGCAGCCUCCUAGCCCCACAGACAGAGGACGGCAAGGAUCACUAUGUGGAGGAGUCAGAGGUGACAACGUGUGAGACCAGGGCAGACGAGUCAUUUCUGCUACACAAGCCAACUGUGACCCGGGCUAAAUUAGAGGCCCGUACAGAUUCAAUUCAGGGAAAGAAUCGAGGGGACUCCGCUGGCCUGUUGUUCCGAGAUGGGAAGAAGCGAGUGGACUACAUCCUGGUUUACAAGAAGUCCAGUCCGCAGGUGGAGAAGAGAUGCACCUUUGAGAAGAAUCUGCGAGCUGAAGGUCUCAUGCUGGAGAAGGAGCCCUCCUUGACAAAUAAUGACAUCAUGUUUGUGAAGAUCAACGCUCCCUGGGACACACUCUGCAAGUAUGCAGAGCAGAUGAACAUCCGAAUGCCUUUCAGGAAGAAAUGUUACUUCACAGACUGGAAGAGCAAAACCCUGGGCAGCAGGUUUCAUCUGAGAUGUCGACAGAUAAAAAGCUGGCUUCCCAGAAAUCCCAUGAAGCUGGACAAAGAGGCCUUGCCUGACCUGGAGGAGACCGACUGCUACACGGCUCCCUUUAGCAGGGCACGCAUGCACCACUUCACUAUCAACAAUAGGGAGACAUUCUUUUCCAAUUCGACCAGAAGCAGAAUAGUUCAUCACGUCCUGCAGCGCACCAAGUAUGAAGAUGGAAAAUCAAAGAUGGGUAUCAACAGGCUGUUGGGAAACAACACGUAUGAGGCUGCUUUUCCUCCUCAUGAGGGUGGUUACAAGAGCAGACAUCCAAUUAAGACGCACGGUGCCCAGAACCACAGACAUCUUCUGUAUGAACGCUGGGCCCGCUGGGGAAUGUGGUACAAAUACCAACCUCUGGACCUCAUCAGGAGGUACUUUGGUGAGAAGAUUGGUCUUUACUUUGCGUGGUUGGGCUGGUACACUGGUAUGUUGAUCCCUGCGGCCCUGGUUGGCGUUUUUGUCUUCCUCUACGGUCUCUUCACCAUGGAGUCCAGCCAAGUCAGUAAAGAGAUUUGUGAAGCCAACACUACCAUCAUGUGUCCUAUGUGUGAGGACACCUGUGAACCAUGGAGGCUGAGCGACAGUUGUGUCUAUGCGAAGGUGACCCGUCUGUUUGAUAACGGUGGCACUGUGUUCUUUGCUAUCUUCAUGGCUAUUUGGGCCACUGUGUUCCUGGAGUUCUGGAAAAGGAGGAGGGCCGAGCUGACUUAUGACUGGGACCUCAUUGAUUGGGAGGAAGAAGAGGAGGAACUGAGGCCUCAGUUCGAAGCCAAAUACUCAAGGGUGGAGAAGCUCAACCCCAUAUCUGGCAAACCCGAGCCUUUCCAGCCUUUCUCUGACAAACUCAGCCGGCUCAUGGUGUCUGUGUCCGGAAUAUUCUUCAUGAUUUCCCUCGUUCUGACAGCCGUGUUUGCCGUGGUGGUUUUCCGACUCAUCGCCAUGGAGAAGUUUGCUUCCUUUAACUGGUACUUUGUGAAAAAGAACUGGCAGUUUGCCACAUCUGGCACCGGCGUCUGCAUCAACUUCAUGAUCAUUAUGUCUCUCAAUGUGGUUUAUGAAAAGGUGGCCUAUCUGCUGACAAAUUUAGAGCACCCACGGACAGAGUCUGAGUGGGAGAACAGCUUUGCUCUGAAGAUGUUCCUUUUCCAGUUUGUGAAUCUGAACAGCUCCACAUUUUACAUCGCUUUCUUCCUCGGAAGGUUUGCUGGCAGGCCUGGAAAAUACAAUAAACUCUUUAACCGAUGGAGGCUGGAGGAGUGUCACCCAAGCGGCUGUUUGAUUGAUCUGUGUUUGCAAAUGGGCGUCAUCAUGUUCUUCAAACAAAUCUGGAACAACUUCAUGGAGCUUGGUUUUCCUUUGCUGCAGAACUGGUGGUCUCGUAGGAAGAUGAAGAAAGGAGGUGGUGGAGGGCAGAAUGUGGAGAAUAAGGCUCAGCUUCCACAGUGGGACAAAGACUGGAAUCUGCAGCCCAUGAAUGCACAUGGACUUGUGGACGAGUACCUGGAAAUGGUUCUCCAGUUUGGCUUCACCACCAUCUUUGUAGCUGCGUUCCCGCUGGCUCCCCUCCUUGCUCUGCUCAACAACAUUAUUGAGAUCCGUCUUGAUGCUUACAAGUUUGUCACUCAGUGGAGGAGACCCAUGCCUGCCCGAGCCACUGACAUAGGUAUCUGGCAUGGGAUUCUCGAAGGAAUCGGCGUGCUCGCAGUCAUCACCAACGCCUUCGUCAUUGCUAUCACCUCAGACUACAUUCCCCGGUUUGUUUACGCCUUCAAAUACGGCCCAUGUGUGGACAGGGGACACCACCACAAGGAUGAGUGUUUGCAAGGCUACAUGGACAGCAGCCUAUCUUGGUUUGACAUGAGCAAGCAGAAGAACAGCAGCAAUCCUAUUUACUGCAGGUACAGGGACUACAGAGAGCCACCCUGGACCAAAGGGGCAUACGAAUUCACCCUGCAGUUCUGGCACGUCUUGGCUGCCAGGCUGGCCUUCAUCAUCGUCUUUGAGCACCUGGUGUUUGGGAUCAAGUCCUUCAUAGCAUACCUCAUCCCGGACAUGCCCAAGGAUCUGUGCGACCGCAUGAGGAGGGAGAAGUACCUGAUGCAGGAGAUGAUGUAUGAAGCAGAACUGGAGCACCUGCAGAAAGAGAGGAAGAAGAACGGACGGCGUUUUAACCACGAGUGGCCUUAAAGCUCAAUCUCCCGCGACUCCUUCCAUGUCUCCAAAUGCAAGCCGCAAAGCCCUCAAGUCACAGGCACAACCUCCCUCGCCUGCUUACUUAUGUAUUCUAGCUUUGAGAGUCUAGCUUCACUCAGCCGAUUCUGUACACCAAAGACACCUUCAGUUACCGCAUCCGCCUCAUAACCCCUCCGACUUCAGGCUCCCUCCCUUGAUAUCUGGUCCACGUCUAGUUCAGGCGCUGCUCUUUGUUUCUGACCCUUCCCUCUCCUCACUCAGCUUCAUCCAGCUGGUCGGCCCUUGUUUCUGUGCUGUGUCAUGGCUUCCCUGAGGAAAACCUAUUUGCAAUUGUAAUGUUUACUAUGCAGAUCAAGGGCUGCAGAUCACCACUGUUCACUUUCUGGCACCCACCCUGCACACUCUCUCUCUCUCUCUCUCUCUCUCUCUCUCUCUCUCUCUCUCUCUGUGGCAGCUAGCACUCCGCUUUGACACUGCAGUUUGGUGCAGCUCGCAGCAUGGCCCUGUUGCCACCCCUGCUCUGCUGGUUUAUGUGACAGAGCUACUGUGGUGUUUUCUUGUCGCAAAAUGUGAUUCUGGUGAUGUGGCUACCAAAUACAAUAGACAUUUUUUUAUCGCAUCGUAUAUCACCCUCGAAGCAUGCUGAUUAAUAUUGUCGGCCAUUUCGUAAAACUGCAAAGAAAAGUAAAAAAUAGGAGCAACAGCACUCAUCGUGGAGGAUGUUGACAUCUUUAAAAUACAAAGAAUUCUCUCUGAAACCA